AUGCCUACAGCCUAUAAUACUAUUGUCUCCGUUACCAACAACCUUAAAACGGAUCUUCGGGACGGCCAACUCUCCAUAGCUAAGGGCUCAACAUCCCAAAAUAUUCCGCGGCUUAUUUCCUGUGGAAGUACACAAGAAAUAAUGAUAGAUGGAACAGAUAUCGAAAACGAAAUCCACGGAUCUGAAGGAACCUUGAGUUACCUCGCUCAAGCUGGCGGGACUGACGAGCGCGUCGCCUUUCAGUUUAUAUGUAACAAUAAUGAAGAUAAUCAAGUUGAAAUGGCAUGUACAAAGGAGGAUACUUUUAAUGUCCACAUUCAACCAUUUGCCCCAAACGACCGACCAUUAUACGGUGAGUGCCUUGAAGAUAUUUUCUAUGACUCUUACGAAGAGAUGUGUCAAGCAUCGUAUACUAUAUCAAAGCCAGAUUUCGUGGAGGAAGGUGUGAAACCGAGAGGCUUUGAUUAUUCCGAUUCCUAA